CCGACCUGGUGAUCCACCUGCUCAGCCUCCCAAAGUACUGUGUUUUAUAGUGUGAGCCACCACACCCAGCCUAAAUGAAAUAUUCUGAGUAAAGGCCUUAGGACAGAGCUGGGAGAAAAAUGUAGUGUUCAGUGACUAUUAGCCCUUCUUUUUUGUUUCAUUUUCAAAUGUCUUCUUCUUUGCCCAUCUCCCCAUAGACCUCAGACUGUGCCCUUUCUGGAGAGCAGUCUUCUGUGUUAUGCACCUUCGUUUCCUGCAGUCCCCAUACCUGCAAGGUGUUUCAUGGGAGUUUCCUGAAUGCACACAUGAGUAAAUGAGGGACAGAUGGAUAAGAAGAGAGACUGCCCUGCUAUGUUCCAACUCAGUUGGAUCUGUCUCUGGGAUUCUUGGAUUUUUUUUUCUCCUGAAAAGCCUGAAACCAACUCUGAUUUAUCUAGUUUUAUUGUUCAUUUUGUUCUCCUACCCUGUAGUGUGGGCUAGAGGGACAUUCACUGUAAUGGACCUCCACCACAGGGAUCAGGUCUUCAAUACUGAAGGCUGUCAUCGAAGCAUGCCAUCACACCCUAGGGAACUGCUAGCCAGACUCUCCUAUGAAUGUAAUGUUAAUUUUCAAUAAUUGGUUACUCACUGAUUAAAGAGUCUUAUUAGGUUCCUCUCUGAUUUACCCUUGGAUCCUGACCUAUCCGAAUAGGAUAGUGUCAGGUACGUGUCACUGUUGAACGCAACCGUGGAACAGUCUUCUAUUUAGAUUCUAAGUGCUCUGAGCUCUUAGCCGGGAAGUUGGUGAUUCUGUUUAGUGGGACUGUUUUUCUUUGUUUCUCUUGAAGUAGAGAUGCAAUGUGAAACUUUAUUCAUGCAAGAACGAGGCAUGUCAAGGAAGAAAAACGUGAAAUGUGGUGGGAGAACACUGGUGUCCUUGCAGUCCUCCCAUGUGAUAACGAUGGCAGUACAGCUGUAGGUGGCAGUGCAGCUGUAGAUGGUAGCAUGACUGCAGAUGGCAGCAUGAACGUAGAUGUUAGCACCACUGUAGAUGGCAGUGUGGCUGUAAAUGACAGUGCGACUGUAGGUGGUAGUGCGGCUAUAGAUGGCAGCAUGGCUGUAGGUGGUAGCGUGGCUGUAGAUGGCCGUGCGACUGUAGGUGGUAGUGUGGCUGUAGAUGGCAGUGCAACUGUAGAUGGCAGUCUGAAGAUGGCAGUGCAGCUGUAGAUAGUAGUGCGACUGUAGAUGGCAAUGCAGCUGUAGAGUAGAUGGUAGUGUGACUGUAGGUGGCAGUGUGGGUGUAAAUGACAGUGUGGCUGUAGAUGGCAGUGCAACUGUAAAUGGCAGUGCGACUGUAGAUGGCAAUGCAGCUGUAGAGUAGAUGGUAGUGUGACUGUAGGUGGCAGUGUGGGUGUAAAUGACAGUGUGGCAGUGUGACUGAAGAUGGCAAUGCAACUAUAAAUGGCAGUGUGACUGUAGAUGGCAGUGCAGUUGUAGAUGGUAGUAUGACUGUAGAUGGUAGUGUGACUGAAGAUAGUAAUGUGACUGAAGAUGGUAGUAUGACUGUAGAUGGUAGUGUGACUGUAGAUGGUAGUGUGACUGAAGAUAGUAAUGUGACUGAAGAUGGUAGUAUGACUGUAGAUGGUAGUGUGACUGAAGAUGGUAGUGUGACUAAGGAUGGUAGUGUGACUGAAGAUGGUAGUAUGACUAUAGAUGGUAGUGUGACUGAAGAUGGUAGUGUGACUGAAGAUGGUAGUGUGACUGUAGAUGGUAGUAUGACUGUAGAUGGUAGUGUGACUGAAGAUAGUAAUGUGACUGUAGAUGGUAGUAUGACUGUAGAUGGUAGUGUGACUGAAGAUAGUAAUGUGACUGAAGAUGGUAGUAUGACUGUAGAUGGUAGUGUGACUGAAGAUGGUAGUGUGACUAAGGAUGGUAGUGUGACUGUAGAUGGUAGUGUGACUGAAGAUGGUAGUAUGACUAUAGAUGGUAAUGUGACUGAAGAAGGUAGUAUGACUGUAGAUGGUAGUGUGACUGAAGAUGGUAGUGUGACUGAAGAUGGUAGUGUGACUGUAGAUGGUAGUGUGACUGAAGAUGGUAGUGUGACUAUAGAUGGUAGUGUGACUAUAGAUGGUAGUAUGACUGUAGAUGGUCGUGUGACUGAAGAUGGUAGUGUGACUAUAGAUGGUAGUGUGACUGAAGAUGGUAGUGUGACUGUAGAUGGUAGUGUGACUGUAGAUGGUAGUGUGACUGUAGAUGGUAGUGUGACUGAAGAUGGUAGUGUGACUAUAGUGCCUCAGGUCUGAGCACUAACAUUUCCACACUAAACAAGGAAGAGGGUUGGCUGCAUGAGACUGCAGAAUAGAAGUGGAAUAGAAAGCUUUUAUUUCAUCUGGCCAGCCUGCCCUAUAUCCAUGGGGUUACGUUGACAUGAACUGGGACUUCCAAGCAGGCCCAAUCGCCAUAAACCUUAGCAGCUGGGUUUCCUACUGAUUUGAACAGCAACUUGGAUUUUGUCAUUAUUUAAUUCAAAAGAAUAGGAGUGAAUUGGGUUGGUCACGUAGGUGUUCUACAUUCUGAUGCAGCCUGUCCUGGUGAAACCAUCAGUCUGUAACUCUCUCAACACAACUCUGAGAUUCAGCGUUGAUUGGGUCACUGGGACCAAGGGUCACUGAUUCCUUUUGCAGCCUGUGAUUUUUAGACAGAAUGCCUGCUGAACUCUUAGCCUCCUUAAAUGUUUAGUAAGAUCUCUGUCUAAUGCUCUCCUCGUACUAAACCUGGGUUUUCAGUUCCUUCCAGGUCUCUGUGGAAAACUGAAGAUUCAUGUGCGCUUUCAGAAAAGAGGUUCCAAGGAAAAGGGCAGCCAUUUAGUUUUCACAAGUCUGGGCAAUGAGCGAUUUCGAGCUUCCGUCCUUGGCUGACAUCAUGAACACCAGUGCUGCUGGCCUCUAUCACAAGAACAGUGGGACUUCGUGCUUAGCCUUCCUGGGAAGGGCCUGUCCCUGGGUCAUGUCCCCACUGACCACAGGAGGAAGAGAUGGCGUGAGGAUCCGGGGGGUCUGGCUCUGCGUCCACUCAUCUCUGUGUGGAUGCCUCCUGUCUCCCGGGUGAUAACCGGUCACCCGAAUGUGUCCUUGGCAUCAUUCCUGGCUUCUCCUGCUGCUUGAUAACCCUCUGGCUGCACGGAGCCCAGGACGGAGAAGGAGAGGCCUCAUUCUCCCGGGGGGAUGCAGGCUGAGACCACCAUUCUCUGGAUCAGAGUUUCGUGUUGGGGAGGUACUCCAGGGAAGGACAGUGAGCUGAUGCUGUGACAUUGCUCAGGAUGGAGGCCCAGGGCAGACAGCAUCACCAGCUGCCACAGGAGUCGGGUUUCCAGAGGGGCUGUGUCACCAGCCCUGGUGACGCCACGUCGGUGUGCCUUUUGACACAUUCCUGUGGAGUGUCUGAAGAAAAACAGGACACACGCAUUCCUGAUAAGAUUGCACCAAAUGGCCAGGGCGGGGGCUCCCAGCCUCCCUCUGUCUCAGUUGGGGGCAGAGGGGCAGGGACAGCCAGGAGAAGGCCGAGCCAGAUGCUGCUGGGUUUCCCCAGGACUCCGCCCCACUGACGUCUUAGUUAAACUUCUUCACCUGAGCCUCUCUUAUGGCGUGGUUGAGUCACACAUGAGAGGUUUUUUUCUGCCUGGAGGGGCUCUUCUUAUGGGAGAACAGGGGUGCGAGGUGUGUGGUGUGACUCUCAGGGAUGCGUCUGGACUCUAUCAUGUCUGAGUGUCCCCAGGGCCAGAGCACUGGGGGCGGGAGGCUGUGGUUUAUCAAGCACCUUCUGCCAGCUGAGGCCGUGACUUUGUGUCCCUCCCUGGAGAAGGCUUUAAGGUCAGCCUCUUCUUCCUUUGGUCCUGAGCUUGCCCUGUCUCCUCCUCAUUCCCCAUGUCCACAUGAAAGGGCAGUGUUCACAGGUGGGUUGGUCUGAGAUUGAAAUAGCAAGGCCUGGGAUUUUCUGUUUGAGUAGCCCCCUCGAGUCAGCCUCAGAGGAGCCCAGACCUCCUGGAUGGCUUUCGGUGAGCCUCCCAGUGGGCACGACACUCGCCACCAGAUGCUGCAUGGACUCAGCUUCCACAUUGCCACGGGUACGGCCUGGUCCUUGCACUACCAGGGGCAGGAGGGACGCUAUGCCUGUGGGGUGAGUACUCUAUCUCAAGACAAAGCAGUUCUCCAGUGUCUGCCCCACUUUUCUAUAAACCUGGGAGUCCAGCCCAGUGCAUUGGCUGGAAGGAGAGGAGACGCCUCCUGUUCCAGCUCAGGGUGCUCUGCGGACCCCACUGCCUGCCCCAGCCCUGGUGCUCCGGGGGGCCCCAAUGCCAUAGAUGUGCUUCAGGGGGAGCAACUGGGGCUGUUCCAGAGGACCAAAAUGGGCAGAGACCCUAAAGAUAUCCAUGGAUUGACCCCUGCUCUCUGUGGUCCCUGCCUAGCUGGCCUCCCCUCCUCACACUCUCCACAGUUCUCAUGCAAUGCAGCACCUCUAAAAAUGCUGUCCUAAAAAUGUGUGCUUUGGAACAGCAGCUUCCUCCUCUCCAACCAAGUUCGGGCCCCUUCUACCCUUCAGUGGCUGUAGGCAGUCGGUGAGGGCCCUGGAUGGGGUGGGCCGGGGGCAGGGCAGGGCGCUGUGGGCUCCGGGCAGACACACCAACCUGUUGUGUUUGGAGAUGCACCUGGGAGUGUGCUGAUAUCUGUGUGGAGGACCACGGGUCUGUUCAUCCCCCAAUGGCUGCACCCCGGGAGGCUGCAGCGUGUACUAUUCAGCCCCCACACCACAGUUAUUCUUGUAUCUGCCUCGCCGCUGGCCUUGCUGCCCACGACUCCCUCAGGUCAGCCCCAAGUCUCUGUCAAACUUUCAUCCUCCACAAUUCUGCGCAGCCUGUAAAUGCUUAAAAAACAUUGCAGAACAGGUGAGUCACAUUACAGAAAGGAAGCGACCUGGAAAAGCACACACAUUCCCUCCGCUCUGCACCUGUGAAAGUAAGGGAGGGGCAUAAGGGGGUGGGACCUGCACAAGGUGCAGCUGAUGGAGAUGUAGUCUUUGGGGAAAAGCCCUGGCUCUGAAAUGGCAAAGGCCGCGUGCCUGGGAAAAAGAAAAAUGUGUCUGAUCCAGAGAUGGCCGCCCUGCCCCAAAGGCUGUCACGCUGCCAUCCAGUUAUCUCUUCUGCAGUGAUAGAAUGGGCUUGACCUAAAAAUUCAGUGACAGAAAAAUGUCAUCUAAUGCUGCUUAGUGAAGUCGGGCGGUCAGCGGAUGAGGGCAGAAGGUCACUGGUCUUUGACAGAACUCGUGGACAGCGAAAUAACAAAACAGGGUUCAGGCUGCAUGGUCAGCAACAGAGACAAACAAUUCGUCCAAAAUAAACAAGUGAGCUCCCAGCAGAAGCCUGUGAAUCUCCCGUUCUGCUCAAACCACACACAUGUGGCCCGCAGAGGAGCCUGCAGAGGCCCCCGGGGCACUCAAGAGGCGGAGCGUGAGACCCAGGCCACCGGCUGUCCUCCCUGUCAGAACAAAAGGUUCAUGGAAAAGGCCAGGAGGACACAGCGAGGGGAACCGAAUGCCAACGGCAUUUCCUGGAUCUUUUGCACCAUAGUCUAAGCAUUUAGAGGAAGCACCGUGAGUUUGCUGCCCUGGAAGCCGACGUGCUCCCCAGACACAAGAGGCAGGACUGCAGGCCUCACCCCACAGCUUGAGAGGCUGUGUUGGGACACAUCGAGGAAGGAAGCCUUCAGUGACACAGAACCUGGCUGACUUACACACCCGCUGUCUAAAGACAGGGUGCUGGCUGGUGAACUCGAGCGACUCACGGCAGACCCGGAGUGAAAGUCAUGGGUCUGUACCUGUGUGGAGUCCUCCAUGACUGGGCUCGCAGAGACCGAGCUGGACUGCGCUGUGCAUUGGCUGGAAGGAGAGGAGCCACUGUGAGCCCCGGCUCACAGCGCUCUGCCACCCAGUGCCCACCCAACCCUGGUGCUCCAGGGGCACCCCCAUGCCACAGACACACGUCAGGGGGUCAACUGGGGCUGUUCCCAAGGACCAGGAGGGACAAAUGCCCUAAAGAUGUCCAUGGUUUGACCCCUGCUCUCUGUGGGCCCUGCCUGGCUGGCCUCCCCUUCUCACACUCUCCACAGUCCUCAUGCAACGCAGCACGUCUAAAAAGGCCGUCCUGAAAUGUGUGCUUUGGGGAAGAACAGCUUCCUCCUCUCUGAGUGGAGAGGGCUGGCCCAAUGAGGUGUGAUUUUCAUUGCGGUAAAAUGUGCAUCACAUAACACUGGGCCCUUGUCGCCGUUUUUAAUUGUACACUUUGGAGGCAUUAUGUGCGUUCAUCGUCACCACCUUCCACCCACAGAGCUUCUUCGUCUUCCCAAACGGAAACUCUGCCCUCAGUAAACCCUCCCUCCCCUCCCGCAGCCCCUGGCACCUGCCUUCUCUUCCCUGUCUCCGUGAACCUGUCAACUCUUUGGACCCCACCUAAGUGGAGUUGGGCAGGAUUUGUUCUCAGUGACUGGCUCAUGUCACUCAGCAGCCGGAAGGCUCAUCCGCGCCGCAGCCUGUCCCAGAAUCUCCCUCCUCUAACGCUGGUUAAUAUCCUGCUGCACAAAAAAACCAAACAGGAUGAUAGUUUGAUACCCGAAAUCCACUUGAAAAUUGGUAAGAAAA